UCAGGGAUUUGCAGAAGGCAACACAUAAUUUUACCACAGUCAUAGGACAAGGUGCAUUUGGUCCAGUUUAUAAAGCUCAGAUGCUUACUGGUGAGACAGUUGCAGUUAAAGUUCUUGCAACUAAUUCUAAGCAAGGGGAGAAAGAAUUUCACACAGAGGUUAUGUUGUUGGGAAGGUUACACCAUAGAAAUCUGGUGAAUUUGGUUGGAUACUGUGCAGAAAAGGGGCAACAUAUGCUUGUAUAUGUAUACAUGAGUAGGGGUAGCUUGGCAUCCCAUUUGUAUAGUGAAGUGAAUGAAGCACUGUGCUGGGAUUUGAGGGUUCACAUAGCUCUAGAUGUAGCAAGAGGCUUGGAGUAUCUUCAUGAUGGGGCCGUUCCUCCUGUAAUCCAUCGAGACAUCAAAUCUUCCAAUAUUCUGUUGGACCAAUCCAUGCGAGCCAGAGUUGCUGAUUUUGGACUUUCAAGAGAAGAGAAGGUGGAUAAACAUGCAGCUAUUCGGGGUACCUUUGGCUAUCUUGAUCCCGAGUAUAUAUCUUCAGGAACAUUCACUAAGAAAAGUGAUGUAUACAGUUUUGGGGUGUUGCUCUUUGAAAUUAUAGCUGGCAGAAACCCUCAGCAGGGUCUUAUGGAAUAUGUAGAGCUUGCAUCAAUGAACAUCGAGGGAAAAGUUGGGUGGGAAGAAAUUGUGGAUUCUCACCUUCAAGGAAACUUUGAUGUCAAAGAACUGAAUGAAGUGGCAUCACUUGCCUACAAAUGCAUCAACCGGGCCCCAAGGAAACGUCCUUCCAUGAGGGACAUAGUGCAAGUGCUAACAAGAAUCCUCAAAUCAAGGCACCAUGGGAAUCAUCACAGAAAUUCCUUGUCAGCCACAGAUGAAGUUUUCAUUGAUCAUGAUCAGCUAGAGACCAAGAUUUCUGUUUCUGACCACAAGAGAGAAGAAUCUAUGGUUAGUGAACCAGAAGUGUAUGAUGUGUAGAAUAUGGUUUUACCUUAACCUCAUUUUUUGUUACAUUUCAUUUUUUUGAUUUUGGAUUUGAAUGUAGAUGAUUGUAGAUCUGGUUUGUAUAAUGUUGUGUAAAAUGUGCCACCUUUUUUUUUUUUUUUUUUU